UACACCAAUCGGAAGACUGAACUGACCCCAAACAGGUCAACUUCUUCCUCUUCGUGUUGCUCCUUUAUCUAGAUCCAAUCCCACCUGCCAUAGCUAGCAACAAGACUGACCAUUUAUCUCGUUCCUCGAUUCCCAUAGCUAGAUCCAAUCCCACCUGCCCAUAGAUCCCUCAAGGCUUCCAGAUUCACUGUCGAAGUCGCUGCUCACGGUCGAUCCUCAGAAAUGGCCCCUUCUGGAAGUAAAACCCAAGAGAACAACACGAGCCCCGAGCUCCCGGAGGAACUGCCAUACGACUUUCUGAAGCAAAUCACGAAUGACUUCGCCGAAGAUCGGAAAAUCAGUGGAAGUCCAUUCGGAACACUCUAUAAGGGAUUUGUUCCGGACGGUGACAGAGUGAUUGCCGUGAGGAAACUCCAGGAGAACGCGCCGAUGCCUGCCGACAAAACGUUUUCAAAGGAGGUUCAGAAUGUCAUGGCGCUCAAGCAUGAGAACAUAGUGCAGCUGGUUGCAUUCUGCAGUGAAACAACCAAGAAGCUGGUGCAGUUCGACGGAAAGUAUAUCCAGGCAGACAUAACUGAAAGUUUGCUCUGCUACGAAUAUUUACCUGACGGAAGCCUCGAGGAGAAACUUUUUGAGGCCGAAGCAGCUGAGGAUGUCUCUUCGGCUGAACCCAGCAUUGACUGGGGCACACGCUUCAAAAUAAUCAAGGGGAUUUGUAAGGGCUUGCAAUAUUUACACAAGUUGGACAUUCCCAUUAUCCAUAUGGAUCUGAAACCUGAAAAUAUACUGUUGGAUGCAAAUAUGGUGCCAAAGAUUGCGGAUUUCGCAUUUUCGAGAGUCUUUGGCCAAGAACAAACCAGAUUGUGCACACAAACAGUUGUGGGAUCCUACGGAUACAUGGCUCCAGAGUAUCUAUACAAAGGUGAAAUCUCAGCGCAGUCAGACAUAUAUAGUUUAGGCCUAAUGAUAAUUGAGAUCACCACAAGAGAGAAGAACUGCCCCGAAAAAGACCAACCAUCCGCAAGAAAAUUUAUUGAUAAAGUAUGUAAAGAGUGGACACCAGAGCAUAUAGCAUCGAAGUAUGCAUUGUUAGAUUCAGAAGGCCACAAACAGGUUAAAGCAUGCAUCGAAAUUGGGUUAAAAUGUGUUGAGGUUGACCGGAAAUGCAGACCUCCCAUAGAUGAAAUUGUUGACACUCUCAACGGACUGCGUGAAAGCCGAACGGCAAAAAAGGAGGGUCACUGCUGUCCAUCUAUAUUCACGAUGGUCACCCGCACGUCUACAACUAGCGCGAAGCUUAGAUCCAUUUUUGGUGACAAGAAGAAAUAGUGCUCUAGUAUUUGCUACAAGAUCUUAUGUAUGCUGGAAAUAAGACCCGUAGAUGUCAUGUCAGUGUGGAAACAUCUCAAAUCCUUGAACUAAAAUCAUGACACUUAUUAUGGAUUGGAGGGAGUAAUUUUUUCAGAAAUUAUAUCUUUUGUUA